UAGUGCGCACACCAUGACUUGCGUGCGGCUAGCGUAGGAGAACCCUAGCGAAGAAGACGAGAACGAGAUCCUCUAUACCUCUCUCUCCCGUAAGUGGAGGUUCAGCCGUUGGAUCAUACAAAAUGGCUCUGAUAAUCUAAAUGAAUUAAAGUUUCGGUGUCUCGCACGCACGCACGCUUCAUGGAUGACAUGAACGAGUUGAGGAAGAAGAGAAAAACCGCAGACGCCGAGUGAGAGCCGAAACUUCUCUCAUGGAAUCGCAAACGGAUCUGCUGAACCGACCCGGAAUCUUCUUAAUUGGAUCCUCUAACGUCGGCAAACGCACUCUCCUAUCUCGAUUGACCUCUGUUGAUGUUGAAGGUGCUGCUUUUGAUUCGGCUUCUCAAGUGAAUGUCCAUGGGUGGACUAUUAACAAUAAGUACUACACUGCUGAUGUUUCUAUCUGGAUGGCUCAUCUCAAUGACGAUUUUUCUGCUGCUAACGUGCCCGUGUUUCGACGAAUGACUGCGCUGGUGAUGGUUUUUGACAUGAAUGAACCAUCCUCCCUAGCAGCACUUCGAGAAUGGGUAUCCCACACUGAUAUUCAGAACUUUGAGAUAUUGCUGUGUAUUGGAAACAAAGUGGACCUGGUUACUGGUCACCCAGCCCAUGCUGAAUACAGAAGACGGUUGCUGAAACUUGAAGACUCUGCUGCAGAUCUUUAUUCAGAAGAGUAUGGAAUAUCUGAAUUGGAGGGAACCAGUUUAUUGGGGGAUGAAGAACCGUCAUGGGACAUCAGAAGAUCCUGCUUGGAAUGGUGCACUGAUCACAAUAUUGAGUUCAUUGAGGCAUGUGGUUCAAAUGCUGAUUUUGACAAAUGCUUGUCCAUAGAUGGUGAUUUACAAGGAGUUGAGCGUCUCUACGGUGCACUUUCUGCUCAUAUGUGGCCUGGAAUGGUAUUGAAAUCUGGCGAUAGGAUAAAUCAACCAUCAUUUCCUGAGAAAGAAGAGUUAUCUUCAGAAGAAUCUGAUUAUGAACAAGAGUAUGAAGUCUUAUCAGCUGGCUCAGCCGAUUGGGAUGAAAGUGAACAAGGAUGGGUUUCUGCAUCGUCCUUAGGUGCAGGGGGAUCAGCUCCUCAAAACAAUCCUGGCACAGAUGGUCAACAUGAGGAUGAAAUUAAAUCUGAUAAAGAGUCUCAUCCCACAACCUCAAGCCCUACAAUUCAGGAUGAGAGUGACAAGGAUGUGGUGCACAAUAUCAUGGAUUCCAAAGGCGAUGGGAAGGAAAACGAGGCUAAAUGUCUCGAAUUAGAGGAUUUGGAACAGUUAAUGUCUGAGAUUGGGAAUAUGCGUGCAGGCUUAAGAUUGAUGCCCGAUUUUCAAAGAAGGGAUAUGGCUGCAAAGCUAGCCAUGAAAAUGGCUUCCAUAUUUGGGGGAGAGAGUGAUGAAGAGGAAAUUUAGUAGAUGUUGGAUGUUAGCUCAAUGAUUCUGUUAUAGCUGUAAGGAUAGAUAGAUCAUAGAUGAAUGCCAUUGUUGGUAAUUUUGUUAUGAGCCAUCACAUGGAAGGAGACGAACAAUCUCUGUUUGCACAAGGAUCAGGGGUUCCUUCAUGUUUCUGCCGUUUAUGCUACUCUGGUCACUGCUGAUCAUGAUUUAAGUUUAAUUACUCCUGUUUUUGUCAUACACUGUUUAAUAGUCCGUAUCUUAUGGAGCAGAACAUUUUGUUUUUCUUCAAAAUUUCAUGGUAAUUUACAUGGUGUUUUGAAAAACUGUGGCAGGCAGUAGUUGUUACUUGCUGCAAUGUUAUUUGAAAAAUUAAACAAUAAGUCAAUAACAAUGAAUAUAUGUUAUAUUAGA